GCCGUAUUUAACAACCGUGUCUGAAGAGAAACGGUUUAAUAUUUUGUAACGUCUGUUAAAAUAGUUGUGCUGGAAAAAUAAAGGCAAGAUGCAGUGGAAACCUAUGGAAAUUAAUCCUUCUAUGUUGAGCAAAGCUAUCGAGGAUCUGGGUGUGUCUGGCUGCUGUUGUGAAGACAUCCUAGGUCUAGAAGAAGCAUCUCUGGCGAAUGUUCGUGGUUCACCUCUUUCGUUGAUUCUCCUGUUCCCGCUCACGUCAGAGCAUGCUGCCUUUAGACAACAGCAGGUAAAAGAACUAACUGAGAAGCAACCAAGUGGCUCUGGGAUCUACUUUAUGAAACAAACUAUAGGGAAUUCGUGUGGAACAAUUUGCCUGUUGCAUUCAGUUGCAAACAACCAGACUAAACUAAAAUUUAAAGAUGGAUCUCCAUUGAAAAAGUUCUUGUCUGAAACUGCUAAUCAGUCUCCAGAAGAUCGUGCAAAACAUCUAGAAAAGUGUGAGGACAUUCGUCGGAUUCAUGAUGCUGUUGCAGAUGAAGGUCAAUGUAGAGUUGCAGAAGGAAAGAACUUCCAUGCUGUAGCUUUUGUCAAUGUAAAUGGAACUCUAGUUGAAUUUGAUGGUCUUGAGCCCAGCCCAAUUUACCAUGGAAAAACUUCAGAUGACCAUCUGCUCUUGGAUGCUGCUAAAAUAUGCAGGCAGUUCACACAGCGUCAGCCUGGCGAAGUCCAUUUUUCAGCCGUUGCUAUCUGCAAGUCUCCUUGAAGUAGCACUUGGGAAUCUCAUUAGUUUGCACUUGUUUUACUGUGACUUAUGGACAAUUGUACUCCUUUAAUGUUAGUCAGUUUGCAUAGUUGCAGCUUUGUUAAUGGCAAAUGUGAAAGAUGUUUGUUUAUGCUGGCUUGUUAAAUGCCUUUGAGGUGUUCACUUUUUUGCCUUUUUUCACUUGUGCCUGAAAAUGGAAGCAGUUCUUACUGUGUGUUGGAACAAAAUUAAAAUCUUAUUGAUAAAUGCA